AUGAAAGUAAUAAUAGUAUUUUCGCACCAUAAUGCAAUUUUAAAUAUGCCAAAAUAGUGGAAGAAGAGGAAUGUGAAGUAUCAUUAAAUAAUGAGUUGUAAAAGAAAACCCCACUUGUACAAAGAAUUGUUUCAAAAAAGUUAAUAGUCAUGCCCUUAAUGCUUUUGCUGUUGCGGUAUUAGAUUGAACAUGUCUGGUAUUUUGCCGGUCUAUCAAUGUCCAAACUUUAGCAUAUGUUUACAAGAUCUCUUGCGGAGUAACGCAAAAUAAAGUAUAAGUUAUACAUAGCUUCUGGGUUACCUGCUCAACCGCAUUAACAAACAAAAUCUCCCAUGAAUAACAAUAAAAAGGGAACAUGAACGAUUCCUCCGAUUCGGAGUACGAGGACCAAGAUUACCUGGUAUUUGCGGAUUUCAAGAACCACAUUCAUCCGCAUCAGCUAAAGCACGAGGACGCGGCCAUCAAAGUCAUCGGAAUCGAGAGUGACACGCCCAUGGCGGAGGUGAAUGGAAGCAUCUACCGGGGACGCUACGAACAUUCCGUGGGAACCAACGUGUUCUUCGAGAAGGAAAAAGACAACCUGGCAAGUGAUCCGCUCUUUGAGUCUGUGUGUCGCCAGCGUUAUAAGUACGUGAACAAAUCCACCAAGGUGAUAUCUUUUGAAAGGGUCUACGUCGACAAUUUGCACCAGGAGGUCGAGAAAUCGGUUGUAGCUGAAGACGACGAGCAGACCGAGUCAAAGCCAGAAUCAUUAAAGUUAAAUAUUACCUAUAAGGAGGCUAUCAACAAGUUUGGAGAAGAGCAUUAAGUGUGAAACAUGGAUAUGACGACGGAGCCAGC